UCGUACUGUUCAUUCGUCUGGUGGCAGCGAUUGUCCCUAGAAAGCUGUAACCUCGGACCUCUUUCGUUGUCUUGUUACUGCACGCUUUCUCAAGAUGGGGAGACGGCCAGCACGGUGUUAUCGCUAUUGCAAAAACAAGCCUUACCCCAAAUCUCGGUUUUGUCGAGGUGUCCCCGAUUCAAAGAUCAGGAUAUUUGAUCUUGGGAAAAAGAAAGCGAAGGUUGACGAUUUCCCCUUGUGUGUCCAUCUUGUCUCUGAUGAAUAUGAACAGCUUUCGUCUGAGGCCCUUGAAGCUGGACGUAUCUGCGCGAAUAAGUAUCUCGUGAAGAACUGUGGUAAGGACCAGUUCCACAUCAGGAUGCGGCUCCAUCCAUUCCAUGUCAUCAGGAUAAACAAAAUGUUGUCCUGCGCCGGAGCUGAUAGGCUCCAGACUGGAAUGAGAGGUGCUUUUGGCAAGCCCCAAGGUAUCGUCGCACGUGUACACAUUGGACAGCCUAUUAUGAGCAUUAGGUCUUCCGAUAGAUACAAGGCUGCUGUCGUCGAAGCGUUGAGGAGAGCCAAGUUUAAAUUCCCUGGUCGUCAGAAGAUCUACGUUUCAAAGAAAUGGGGAUUCACGAAAUACGACCGUGAAGAAUUCGAGAACCUCAGAAAUGACGGAAGACUCCAAAAUGAUGGCUGCAAUGUCAAGUACAGGCCUUCGCACGGCCCACUUGAUGCAUGGAGGAAAGUUCAGACCGAGCUUGCUCAAGCUAUGUAAUUGUUUAUUAUAUUAAACAACUUUUUAAACAAUGUU